CCAUGACUGCCCAAAAUUCUUCGGUAAUGUCGGCGCUGGCAGAGCAAAAAGUAGUUACAGAAAAAUUGGUUCGACAAGAUUCUACGGCAGCGUCGAUUAAAUCUGGUUUUCCUCUGACCUCUACAGAAGACUUAAUUAAGAUUAAUGAAAAAGUGGUACCGGAAACCCGUUCCAUGUUGAUUUCUGUAAUAAGAACUCUGCUUCAACACUCACUCAGCAAAAACCUGAAAUACGUGUUCAGUACUGACAUAAUAAUGGAGUACAACGUAGACGGAACCCACGGAAAAAAGAGCCUCAAGGAAUAUAAAAAUUUCUAUGCGGUUUUUUUGGAAUCUAUAAUAAGCUUUACCAGCGCCGAUGAACCAGAAACGCAACUAAGAAAAGCACUCCAGUUGAACAAGAAGAGGUUUUUUCAAAAAAGGGCUCUCACGGAAAAAUCUUCGCAGCAACCGGGUUCAUCAAAUAAAAAUCACGAUGUUUAACUGGCUUUAUUUCUUUUUUUAAUGAAU